ACAGUGCGUUUUAAGCCGGCCAGCCAUGUUGACCGAAAUACUUUUGUUUAUUUUGACGGCUAUUAUAGGAUACUACUGGUAUAUUUAUAAGAAAAUCCAUAACCGAUACAAGGAUAGAGAUGUAAAGUUCCUACCUGGCGUUCCCGUUUUCGGGAACGCCUUGCAAUAUACAUUGCUCAAGAGACACAUGGUUUAUGAUUUUGACGAGGUCUACAAAGCGUUCCCUCAGGAAAGAUAUGUGGGUUACAUCGAGGGUACCACGCCGGCCAUCCUAAUCCGUGACCCGGAGCUCAUUAAAAGGAUCACUGUCAAAGAUUUCGAACAUUUCAUGAACCAUAAGGACUUCUUCACGGAAGAAAUGGACCCGUUAUUUGGACUGACUCUUAUAAUGAUGAAAGAUGAAAAAUGGAGAGACAUGAGAACAAAACUCAGCCCGGCGUUUACCGGUUCCAAGAUGAAAACAAUGGUGCCAUUCAUACAAGAGGUUGGCGUCAAUAUCGUAGAAUAUCUAAAGGAACAUGACGGAAAAGAUGUGAAUCUAGAUGAUGUGAUGCGUCGUUUCACUACUGAUGUAAUAGCAACCACUGCCUUCGGCCUCCAAGUGAACUCCUUUAAAGAUAAAGACAAUGAGUUCUAUCGAAGCGGUCAGAGUCUGUUUGAUUUCAGCCUUGCGCAAAGAAUUUAUAUGUUCUUCUGUGAUAAUUUUCCGACGGCAGCAAAGUUUGCAAGAAUGUUUUACAAACCAACAAGAACGACACAAUUCUUCACUGAAAUAGUAAAAAGCACGAUGGAAUAUAGAGAAAAGAACAAUGUGGUCAGGCCCGAUAUGAUACACCUCCUGAUGCAACUGAAAAAAGGUACCUUGGACACCAAUCCAGCUUCAGAAGAUAAAGAUGUUGGCUAUGCUGCAGUCGAAGAAGAAGUCAAGUCACCCGGUUCUGUAAGAGAAUGGACACUUCCCGAAUUGGUCGGUCAAGUAUUUACAUUUUUCGUUGCUGGCUUCGAAACAUCCGCAUCUACUAUUACCAUGUGUCUCCACGAACUGUGUCUAAAUCCUGAAGUUCAAGAAAAACUUUACCAAGAAGUAAAAGAAUUUAAAGAAACUAGAGGGAAACUCACGUAUGAAAAUGUUACUGAACUUAAAUAUUUGGACUCUGUUUUGAACGAAACGUUUAGAAAAUGGUCAAUAGUCAUUGCGAUGGAUAGGAUAUGCACAAAGGAAUAUGAAUUGCCCCCAGCGCACGAAGGUGGAAAGCCAUACAAAUUAUACCCUGGAGAUCUUGUGUACAGUUCUGUGAAUGCCAUCCAUAUGGAUCCUCAAUACUACCCAAACCCAGAAGUUUUCAACCCUGAUCGAUUUUCCGAAGAGAACAAACGUAACAUCCAGCCUUUCACUUUUAUGCCUUUCGGAAUGGGACCGCGAGCUUGUAUUGGUUCUCGUUUUGCUCUGUUGGAGUUGAAAGUAUUAUUAUUCACCUUGGUUUCCAACUUCAAGAUAUUGAAGUGCCCGAAGACCAUUGAUCCUAUCGUGCUGGCAGCUAAUGACUUCAACAUCAAGGCUAAAGGACACACAUGGUUGAAGUUCGAGCCGAGAUCAUAGAAUAGUUUUUUGAUAAGCUUUUUAUAUUAUCGAACGUAACAUAUACACGGGCAUAUGUUUUCACUAUCCAUUACAAAUAAAAGGAUUUUUAGUUA